AUGGGGGGCAAGUCCGCAACCAAGGCCGCUUACUUCGAUAAGCUCAAGAGCCUUCUCGAUGAGUACCGCACCAUCUUCAUUGUUGGUGUCGACAAUGUCAGCUCUCAGCAGAUGCACGAGAUCCGUAUCUCCCUCCGUGGAGAGGGUGUCGUCCUGAUGGGAAAGAACACCAUGGUUCGCCGUGCUCUUAAGGGUUUCGUCACCGAGAACCCCGAGUUCGCUUCCCUGCUGCCCCACGUCAAGGGUAACGUUGGUUUCAUUUUCACCAACGGCGACCUCAAGGCCACCAAGGAGAAGAUCCUUGCCAACCGUGUCGCUGCCCCUGCUCGUGCCGGUGCCGUCGCUCCCCUCGAUGUCUGGGUUCCCGCCGGUAACACCGGUAUGGAGCCCGGUAAGACCUCUUUCUUCCAGGCUCUCGGUGUCCCCACCAAGAUUGCUCGUGGUACCAUCGAAAUUGUGUCUGACCUCAAGCUCAUUGAGGCCGGUAACAAGGUCGGUGCCUCCGAGGCCUCCCUGCUGAACUUGCUGAACAUCUCUCCCUUCACCUACGGUAUGACCAUUGCCCAGGUGUACGAGAACGGUCAGACCUUCAGCGCCGAUGUUCUCGACAUCGACGAGGAGACUCUGUUGAAGACCUUCAGCCAGGCUAUUGCUACUAUCACUGCUCUGUCUCUGGCUGCCAACAUUCCCACUCUCCCCGCCACUAUUCACUCCAUUAUCAACGCCUACAAGAAGGUUCUUGCCGUUGCUAUUGAGACUGACUACAGCUGGCCCGAGAUUGAGGAGCUCAAGGACCGCAUCGCCAACCCCGAUGCUUACGCCUCCUCCGCUCCCGCUGCUGCUGCUCCUGCUGCUGGUGGUGCUGCUCCCGCUGAGGCAGCUGCCCCUGCUGAGGAGUCCGACCAGUCCGACGACGACAUGGGCUUCGGUCUUUUCGACUAA